GGGGUGGGGACAAGAUGGCGGAGCCGGAGGCCCCGGUCUGUAGUUUUGUGUUUAAAAAAAUGCGGCGGCGGUUCGCGGGUCGGAAGCGGAGAGCGAGCGGGGAGCCAGACAGCAGUGGAGAUGAUGAUGGAAACACUGUGGUGCGGAGAGAAAAGAGAAAGGCUGUACCAAAUCCCAUGAUUCAGAAGACUGCAAAAACAACAGGACCAAAGGAGAAGUAUAGCGACACUGACACUGACAGUGACGGACCGGAGCAAAUCACCAUCUCCUACAAAUCCACACGAUCAGCGAAACCUGUGGGGCCAGAAGACAUGGGCGCGACAGCUGUCUAUCAGUUGGACACCGAGAAAGAUAAAGAUAUGCAAGCUAUUUUUGAACGAAGCCAGAAGAUCCAAGAGGAGCUGAAAGGGAAAGAUGACGAGAAAAUCUAUCGCGGUAUAAACAACUACAUCAAAUACAUCAAACCCAAGGACACGCCCAUGGCAAAUGCAUCUUCAGGAAUGGUGAGGAAAGGACCGAUCCGAGCACAUGAAAACCUCCGAGCAACGGUGCGGUGGGAUUACCAGCCCGACAUCUGUAAGGAUUACAAGGAGACGGGCUUCUGCGGGUUCGGAGACAGCUGUAAGUUCCUGCAUGACCGUUCAGACUACAAGCAUGGCUGGCAGAUAGAACGGGAGCUGGAUGAAGGCCGUUACAGUAUAAAUGAUGAUGAGAACUAUGAAGUGAGCAGUGAUGAGGAUGCCCUGCCCUUUAAGUGUUUCAUCUGCAGGGCCUCCUUCACCAACCCAGUGAUGACAAAGUGUAAGCACUAUUUCUGUGAAAGUUGUGCCUUGCAGCAUUACCGUAAAUCUAAACGUUGUUAUGUGUGUAACGAGCAGACCAAUGGGGUCUUCAAUCCAGCCAAAGAACUGAUAGCAAAGAUGAAGAAGCACAAAGCAGAGACCGAGUCAGAUCACUCCAACACAGCAGGCGAGCUGGAUCACACCGAGUGAUGUCCUCAGCCCAACCUCCGGUUUUGUUUAGUAAAAUAAACUUGUUUUAGAAAUAA